AUGGACCACAGCCCAUACUUCCUGUUACCCAGACCUUAUAUAAAACGUCAUGAACGCCCUGACUGCAGAGACGCACCUAGUACCGGCCCAGCUACCGCCCGCCCGCCCGCGCCCGCCGCCUGAGGUUUCCCGGGAACCACAAUGAACAAGUGGCUGUGUUUUGCGCUCCUGUUCUUAGACAUCAUUAAAUGGAGCAUCCAGGAAGUCUUUCCUCCAAAGUACCUUCAUUAUGACCCAGAAACUGGUCGUCAGCUCAUGUGUGACAAAUGUUCUCCUGGCACCUACCUAAAACAGCACUGUACAGCGAGGAGGAAGACACUGUGCCUCCCUUGCCCCGACCGCUCCUACACAGACAGCUGGCACACCAGUGACGAGUGUCUGUACUGCAGCCCAGUGUGCAAGGAGUUGCAGUAUGUGAAGCAGGAGUGCAAUGGCACCCACAACCGAGUGUGCGAAUGUGAGGAGGGGCGCUACCUGGAGCUGGAGUUCUGCCUGAAACAUAAACACUGUGCCCCUGGCUUUGGAGUGCUGCAGGCUGGAACCCCAGAGCGAAAUACAGUUUGCAAAAGAUGUCCAGAUGGGUUCUUCUCAAAUGAGACGUCAUCGAAAGCCCCCUGUAGGAAACACACUAACUGCAGUGCCCUUGGUCUCUUGUUAACUCAGAAAGGAAAUGCCUCACAUGACAACACAUGUUCUGGAAACAGAGAAUCAACACAAAAAUGCGGAAUAGACAUCACCCUGUGUGAAGAGGCUUUCUUCAGGUUUGCUGUUCCUACAAAGUUUACACCGAAUUGGCUCAGUGUUCUGGUGGACAGUUUGCCUGGGACCAAAGUAAAUUCAGAGAGCAUAGAGAGAAUAAAACGAAGACACAGCUCGCAAGAACAAACUUUCCAGUUGCUGAAGCUGUGGAAGCAUCAAAACAAAGACCAAGAUAUGGUGAAGAGGAUUAUCCAAGAUAUUGACCUCUGCGAGAACAGUGUGCAACGGCACAUUGGACAUGCAAACCUGACCUUCGAGCAGCUUCAGAGCUUGAUGGAGAGCUUACCAGGGAAGAAGGUUGGGACUGAAGACAUUGAAAGAACCAGAAAGACAUGCCAAUCAAGUGAGCAGCUCCUGAAGCUACUCAGCUUGUGGAGAAUCAAAAAUGGUGACCAAGACACCUUGAAGGGCCUGAUGCAUGCACUCAAGCACUUGAAAACAUACCACUUUCCCAAAACUGUCACUCACAGUCUGAGGAAGACCAUCAGAUUCUUGCACAGCUUCACUAUGUACAGACUGUAUCAGAAGUUAUUUUUGGAAAUGAUAGGGAAUCAAGUCCAUUCAGUGAAAAUAAGCUGCUUAUAACCAGAAAUGGUCAUUGGACUGUUUCUUCAGAAUGGGCCAUAUCUGAUGGAAAAGCAGACUUUCUCAGGCACUUGAAGGAGCACAGCAAUUUCUUUCACAUCAACUGUGAGGAAUGAAAACACCCGCCACCCCUCAUCCCUCAUCCCUACCCCAGCUGACCCACUCCGAAUUAACAGCAAUGGAUAUU